GCGUCGGCUCUCUCUUCUUCCACGGCAUGUCAGCCGAGGAGAGGGAGCUCAACUUGAAGGGGCGACUCCAUGCGAACAGCUCCGGGAGCGGCGAAUUGGGGAGGGCGGUAUCUGCUGCCAUCGCCGGAAGAGCUCAUCUGUUGCUGGGCGCGCGGAGACAAGAGCAAGGUCAGGCGAAAGGCGUGGACGAAGAGGAUCAGGCACACGGUUUUCGAGUCCGUGUCUACGAUGGCGGCGAUGGUGGUCGUGCUGUUCCUGGGGCUUCUCCAGCUUGCCGUUCCUGGACUUGCUCAAAGUCCGCCACCUGGUACGGUAAAGAUCGAGGGCUUGACCUACGCUGGCGAUGGCUGUCCGCCUGGAAGUCUCGAUCUCGCAAUCUCCCCCAACGGAAUUUCCAGUUUGGGUUUCACGAAGUUCACGGUGUUCACCCCAGGACGUCCAGCUGACCGGCGGAAAAGCUGCCAUGUGGGCGUCAGCCUGAGCUAUCCUGCUGGGUUCACGUUUAGUGUGAAGAAUGUGGCAUUCCGAGGGUCCGCCCAGUUCGGGGAAGUCGUCAAGGGUGGACUGAGAGCCGGGUACUACUUCGUGGGUUUCCCAGGGACAGUCAGAUCCUCCCGGAGCUUGCCUCCUCCUGUCGAAGGCAACUUUGAGUUCUCCGACAGCUUCGGAACCUUUGCCUAUGCACCGUGUGGCAGUGAGUCGGCGUCGCUCAAUGUCUUUUUCGAGGCAACAGUAGUGCCCCCACCCCCGCCGGAGAAGAACAACAAGGCCUUGGUCGUCCUAAAAAACAAGGGCUCGAUCACCGUCACCAGUGCCGGUUUUGGUCUGCUCUGGAAGAAGUGCUAAGGACAUACUCGUAUUAAACCGUUUCUGGAGCAUCUGGCGGCAAAUGCACCCAGAUCCAGUUCAGAAGAAAGUCGUAAUGUGAGCAUGACCUAA